AUGGCAAACACCUCUUACACAAGAUCAGAAGAGCUCAAGGAGAUCCUGUCUGGACAGGAGACCCAGCUCCAGCAGAAAAUGGAUGAGGCUAAGGAUAUGGCGAGUUUUCUGGUCGAGCUCGUUGACACUCUGGAAGUGACAAUGAGCAACAGGAGCGCUAAGGGGGAUAAGGAGAAACCGCUGCGGUACUGUACACACAUCAUGGAACAACUGGAUGCCCUUGGCUGGGAUAGGGUCACCCUUGUAGACCAAGACCUUUCGCGUGUACAAAUCGAACUCUGCGACGCCUCACAGCGCAAGCAUUUGAUAACAGCUCGAUUCCCACCGGCAUACCCAACAAUUCCACUUACCAUCGCCCCAUUGGAGGUUCCAGAGUGCGAGGACGAUCAAUUGGCGUCGCAACGCGGAUUGAGCGUGGGAGGGCUCUCUUUAAAGCAAGGGUUAGCACUGGAGGCUGCGAUCCGUCAAGCAGAAGGGCAAUUGGAAAUAUUUCGGGAGUUCUGGGAUGUGAUGCAGGAUUUUGACGAGAGGACGUGGGUGAUUGAUCCGGAAAAGCCCACCAGAGCGGACAAAAUGCGACGAUGUGCACUAGGCAAUCACUGUUCGAUUCAGGUCACUGUUCAACCACUAUCGCCAAGAUCUAUGCCCGACACGAAACUAUUUGGUCCUACAGCCAGCAUUGCACCCAUGCGGACCAAACUAUAUCAGAACGCAGGACUAUGGGAUGUAAAGAAGCUGCCGCGAGAAAACUUGGAAGUGUUGUUGGAACUCGAGGGCGGAUUCCCAUCACCGGUCAGCACAAACAAGGACGACAUCAAUGUUGGAUGCGGUAUCUGUUACUCAUUUCGGUUUGAGGGGCAAGUUCCGGACCAGCUCUGUAGUCACGCCAAGUGUCAGCAGCCCUUCCACCGCGUUUGUCUUUAUGAGACCAUUACGACAAGCGCGCCAAAGACCUAA